UACAGACAAAUUGCUGAAGCUACAUAGACAGAUUCAGUGUUAAACAGUAAUAUUUUGUUUAAUUCUAUUCAAAAAGUGUAUAAAUCACAACCAUGUCAUACCCACCGCCAUCAGGUCCCCCGCCUCCAUAUAGCCCGUAUACUGGUCAACCAGCAUACACUACUUACGCUUACGCUCCCACACCGGUUUACAUGCCCGUGUAUCCACCUCAUGUGGCUGCCGUGCCUCAACCUCAGCAACCACCGAACUCCACAUACGUCACAAAUGUUUAUCAGCAACCCACACCGGAACCAGUUCGGGUCGUCGAACAUACUGGAAGUAUUGAAUGGAUUCCGGCUUCGACGACGUCAUUUCAACAUCUUCGAGCGCUAGAGGUGGGCAGAUAUUGGAUCAUUAGAGCACACCAUGACCGAGAAUUAAUUCCAGGAAAACUACACCCUGGAAAUAAAGCAGCGAAUGUACCUUACGGUGGAAGAGAAGUGCCAGUAUAUAAUUUUGAGGUGUUGUGUGCUAAAGUUAGUGAUGUGCGCUGGCUGCCAUGCAGCGGCGGCAAAGUACCUCCCGGAGCUAUCGCCGCGGGCCACUCACAAAACGGCGAACAACUAUAUGUCGCCAAAGCAAACCAUAGACUCAAUGUCAUCCCUGGCAAAGUACAUCCUAGUCACAAAUGCUGCUACAUUUCUUACAUGGGAUCGGAAAUUGCCUGUCAAUCAUAUGAAGUUUUAUGUAAAAUGUAUGACUAACUGACGGACACGGCCCAAAAUCAUGUUUCUUUGAUUUGCGUUUUUGGUUAUACCUGUACACAUAUAUACCUGUAUCAUCUAUUCUUUUUAAAUAUACUUUCAUUUCAAGUGAUUAAUUAUAAAAUGUAUUUGAAAGAUAAAUUUCUUCUAAUAUGUAUACAAAC